GUGGUGCCGGGGAUGCCAAGGGAGAACUCGGUGAUAAGCUGAAACAGCAGGGUAUCAUGACCGGAGAGUUACUGCACUGGUCUGCUGAGGAGUCGUCCUCCACAACCGUUGCACUGUCUGAGCCUCUUCUCCACUGGGGAUUCGGCUCCACCUCGAAGUUCCAGGAGAUACGCUAUCGAACAGGG